CUGUGAGUUGUGAGUGAUUGAAAAAAAAUUGAAACAAAAAUUCCUCGUCGGAUGCGAUUGUCGAAAGUAAUUUAGUUUUUGUAUUUUUGUGUGAAUCGGUUAAAAAAUAAAAUACAGUUGUAAAGAUCUGCGUCUAUCACAAAUAUGGCCGAUCUGUAAUGAAUCGGUGGUCAGUGAUAUACUAAUUUCAUCGUUAUGCAGAAUUUCAAAAUGGAGCUACGAGUUGGAAAUAAAUAUCGUCUUGGACGCAAAAUUGGUUCUGGUUCUUUCGGAGACAUUUACCUUGGCACGAACAUUGUUACCAGAGAGGAGGUAGCUAUAAAGUUAGAAUGUAUUAAGACAAGACAUCCACAAUUACACAUAGAAAGUAAAUUUUAUAAACUUAUGAGAGGAGGCAUUGGUAUUCCUGCUAUAAAAUGGUGUGGCUCAGAAGGAGACUACAAUGUCAUGGUAAUGGAGCUUUUGGGUCCUUCUUUAGAAGACCUUUUUAACUUUUGUUCUCGACGCUUUUCUCUUAAGACUGUUCUUCUACUCGCUGACCAGCUUAUCACUCGUAUAGAAGACAUUCACUACAGGAAUUUUAUUCAUAGAGAUAUUAAACCAGACAACUUUUUAAUGGGACUUGGUAAAAAAGGCAAUUUAGUGUACAUAAUAGAUUUUGGAUUAGCAAAAAGGUACAAAGAUCCACGCACCAAUCAACAUAUUCCAUAUAGAGAAAACAAGAAUUUGACAGGAACAGCAAGAUACGCGUCGAUAAACACUCAUCUAGGUAUUGAGCAGUCUCGACGUGACGAUUUAGAAUCGCUUGGCUAUGUUCUUAUGUACUUCAACCGCGGAAGCCUGCCGUGGCAAGGACUCAAAGCGGCCACAAAACGACAGAAAUACGAAAGAAUAUCGGAGAAGAAAUUGUCCACUCCAUUUGAUGAACUAUGCAAAAACCAUCCAAUCGAAUUCCAACUGUACCUGAAGUACUGUCGACGACUUCGUUUCGAAGAGAGACCGGAUUACGGUCAUUUGCGUCAGUUGUUCCGCACUCUAUUCCAUAGACAGGGAUUUACAUAUGACUAUGUAUUCGACUGGAAUAUGCUCAAAUUCGGAGUUAAGCGCGGUAAUUAUCAGCCUACAGGUGGCAAUGACCGCACACUUAGACGUCAUGAUCAAAACCAAGAACAGGAGACCACAGCCACAGCCGGCGCCGCUGCCGGCCAACCCAGCACCACGGUGGCUGCGAUCUCGGAGUGGCGGUGAGGAAGCUCGCGCAAGCGGGCCCGCCCCGACCGGCCCUAGCCGCGCACCGACGGACACUGACACGCGCAAGGGCUGAACGAACGAACGGCUCACAGGAAAGAUGGACCAACAAUCGCUCGACCACGCUGCGUUGACCAAUCGCGUGCCGGAAUGUUCACCGGUCGACUGAAUAAACGACCAAUAAAAUACCGUGCCGCUGGUCCACCAACUGAUCACUGCGCGAAUGUGCGUCCGCAACCCUUGCGUUCUUUUCCUACUUUAUAUAAAUAAAUAUACCCGUAAGUUGACUAUGGCAUAAGUUAAGUGGUGCUCACGACUCAUGCCGAUAUUAAAAUACCAUUGUUUUGUGUCAAUAGAAUUGUCAGGUAUAAAACUAUAGACAUUCCGUUACAGGAAUUCUCGAUUGAUAUUCACUAACUUGUUCUUAAACUGACUUGUUAGUGAGAAACUUCUACCUACAUUUAAAAAUUGUUGAACAAAUUUUAAAUAGGAUAUUGGCAAAGCAGUAAAGUUUAUUUACUUCCUUGGCUAUUUCUAUUGAUGUAAAAUUUUCUGUCAGUGUUCCAUUUUAUAUGCUAACGUUCAUAAUUGUAAAUUAUUUAAAUCAUAGGAUAAUGUGCGCCCAGCCGGCCACUAAUCUAUUGCACUUUAUGCUCAGUUGUAUUUAGAUGAGUACUUGUGAAAUGUGGACAAAUUAGUGGAUGUGUCAUCUAAUUGUUCUGUGUCUCAAUGUUAGAUAGACUACUGUUAAUUCUAUUAAAAUAUUAAACGUAAAUGAAUAAGCGUUUUAAUUAUGUUUGUAAUUAAUCAAAUAAUGCAUUUAUUUUAUUUUAUUUUGAUUGCAUAUUUUGAUUUUCACUCAACAUCAUUCAUUAAAUGGAUGUCACCUCUUGGAUUAUGGCCUACACUAAUUUCUAAUUUUUGUAUUAUUUUAAGAGUUAUUUAACUUGUGUGCAAUACUGUUUCUUUUUUUAUUUUGUCUUCCAUAAUUCUCAGUGUAUACUCGCUUGACACUUGAAAUUUUUCUAUCACAUAAUAUUUGUACAAAAUUUGCCUAACUCGUCCAGCCACUGCCAUAGGCUUAAUUAAUUAAAACUUGAAAAAGUCGAAACAUUUGUAGAAUACAAUGUUUAAACUCAUAUUCAAUAUAUUAUUGUGUUUUAACAUAAAUUUUAUUUGACUGAUUUUAUACAAGUUUUGAUCUCACUUUGAUAAAUUGUUAUCUUCUUUACACUUUGCGAACUAUUUCUGGGUUGUGUUAUAGUACAGUAUCAUGGAAAGUGAAAGCAUCUCAAUGUCUAGGUGUAUAUUUGGAGUAAUCUAUGAAGUUCCAUCUAUUUUAAAUUCGCUUUCAUGACUAAUAGGAAAAUUAUCCAGUUCUGAUAUUUUUAUCUCGAGUUAUAGUUUAAAAAUUUUUGUUUUAAUUGGUUGGCUGGAUCAGUUUCUCAACAUUAAAAAAUUGUUGGUAUAAAUUCUGAAACUAACCCUGUAUAUGAUUGGAUGCUCUAAUCCCUUUUUGUUCAAGUGCACAUCUAGGGAUCUGUUAUAAAAAUGGGUAGAUGACAGUUUAAUAAUUUUAUUUACUCUAGCCAUUAAAAUCAUUAAAUGAAUGUUUUCAGCUAUUGUAAAUUUAGUUGUAGUUCAGCUUUUUAAAAUUUGUAACCGAAUUAUUGUGUUUAGAUUGAAAACUUAGCUAUAAUAUUAAGAGUAAUUUAUAUCUAUUUUAAAUAGUUUAAAUAUCUCACAUAGAAAUAAUUCAUCUGUAAUAUGACUGAGAAUUAGGUUCAAUUGUAUGUAAAUAAUAAUUAUAAUUAAAUUAGUUUUGUUAUAAUUAUAUGAUGUUGGAUUUUAAGAUAAUCCUCGUAAUAUGAUAUUCCAUAAGGUUUUAGUUUGUAACAUUGAUGUUAACUGGAUAGUUUUGAAUCUAACACAUCGAAGUGGAUAUUGUUAAUCGUGAUAUCGUUUGUUUCUGGUGGUUUCAGAAUAUGUAUGCACAUUAUUCUCAAAACUUUAAUUCUGAUCAUUUAUAUGCAAAUUAUCAUAUUUUAGGAUUAACCAUCGACAUAAAUAGGAAUAUCCUUUAUAACUGGUUCAUGUUUUAAAAUAUGGUCUACAGUAUUUAAAGCAUUUUCAAAUUGAUUGUAACAUCGAGUACUUUGUUUUCUUAGUCUGUUUCAAAUUUUGUUUCUCCAACAUCAUGUGCCAAUUAACCAGUAUUGGCAUUUUAUAUUAUAGAAUAAUAAAUGUGUAUAGAUCUAACAUCUUUUAUAUCCAAAUAUAUCUUAAUGAUAUUGUUUUACUAAUUAAAAUAUUGUAUUGUUUAUACAUUAGCUGUGGUAAGUGUAUAUUAUAGCGCCCUCACAGGCGGGAUUAGCGGAGCAUCCACGAAAUCCAAACUUAUCAAUGAAUUAUUGCCCAGAGUGUAAAUCAAAAACUUUUGAAGUAUGUGUAUCAUUGAACAUUGAAGUAAUAGAUUUGCGUAUGAAUAAUCGUGGUAACUUGCUGUUAGUUUGAGAUAGUUACAUCGUUAAAUUUGAUCUCACUGACUUAGCGGCUAGAAAGAAGCUCCGCCGCAAGAUUGGCCCCAAGCCGCCACAGUGACUGUUACAGUGGAAGUGAACUAUAUUAUUAGUGGGUGUAUUCGCCAGACACGUUCAGAAGAUGGAUAGGCUCGUGUUCGUCAGUUGGUUUGUCAUGUACGGAAUUAGUCGCACUGCAUUUCAGUGAACGCUUCUUGGCGCGACAAUUUUAGCUUGUUUUGAAGUGUCCGCUCUAACUAAUGAAAGACUUUGAACUUAAUUCUGUAUAUAAUAAUCGUAAGAUAGUUAAGCCAAAACACUGUUUUUUACAAUAUCCUAGGUAAUGAAAAUAAAUACAUAACUGUUGUAGUGAUAUUAAAGUCAUUGACUUAUUUUUAUUGCAUACCUUUAUUCAUUUUUCUGUAGCUGAGCAUUGUGUAAAGCAUAAUAAUAUCUUAAUCUUGAAUUGUAAUGUGUAUUUCAUGAAAUCAAAAUAUUUUCAGAUAUUCUAUGUAUUGAAAAAUGAAUCAAAAGUGUAGAUGUUAUUAGGAUAAGGGGAAUAAAUAGGCCAAAAGCUUUUAUUGAAUACUAUUUGUGCAUUUUGUGCAACUGUGUUUCAGAAAUUUAGAAAUUACCAUUGCAGUUUUUUGUUUUACACAGAGCACUGUUUACUAAGUAUAACUUGUUUAAAACUAUAUAAACAGUCAGUUUUCGUAGACAUGUAAAGCAUCGUAUUCAUGGUAAACAUUUGUUUAGCAAUGCAAUGGAUGUUGCAGAUUCACUAGUAACACUGUGUGUUGUAGUUUUGUUAGCGUUGAAAGGUUCUCGCCCAAGGAACCACAAAAUAACAAACUUUCCAGCAACGUUUGUCGCCCAUCAUCAGUCAUAUUGAUGAACAAAUGCUUACCAUGUAUAAGGCUUAACAAGCGCUUUGUAUAUGCAUUAACGUUUUCAAUCCAUGGUUUUGCAGUUAUGACUUCAAAGGGAGUUUAUACGAGUACACCUACAUACAGUACUUUUAGUUUGAAAUUGUUAUGCGUCGUAGUUUAGCAUAUUAUUAUGCUUUUGAUUUUAUAACUAUUAUUAUGCUUGCAUUGUUUUCUACGUCCAGAAUGUAUUGAUUCAUUUGGCACAAUAAAGUGAAUAAAACAAA